AUGUGCGAGGCAGUGGUCAUCCACCGGCGCAUCUACCCGGAUGCCUUGCGCUUGUCCGUGGUAUCGGACGAGAGCUGCUUCGAGGUUUGCUGCCAGGCCUCGUCGCGGCGGCUGUGGCGCGAGAUCAAGCUCGGGGAUUUGAUCUCGGCGCUGGGGAAAUGGAGGCACGCCAACACCGACAGCGCUGCGCGCUGCGGGGACGUGUUUGCGGCGGUGGCUGUGGAGGUGCGCGAGAUGCGGCACUGGGGCGUUCAGCGCUGCAUCGCAGCACAGAAGCGGCUCUUUACCAGAGGCGAGCGGGCGCCCCCGGCUGCACCCGUCCAAGCGCCCAAAGCGGCGCUAUGCAGCGCCUACGGUGCCCACGAGGCCCACGGGGGAGGUGACCUGGCGGCGCUGUCGAAGCGCUGCGAGGCCGUGGCGGACUUGGUGCUGGAGGUCGCUGGGGGCAAAGAUGUCUUGAACCGCGGCAGUGGCGUGGUGGACGUCGCAGGAGGUACGGGGCUCCUAUCCUUGGCCCUGGCGAUGCGUGGGGUGCGCUGCACCGUGGUGGACCCCCGCAGCAGCUGCGGGUGUCUGCCUUCGCGCGCGCGGAAGUUGGCGCGCAAGACCGGGGCCAAGGAGCUCGUGUCUGCUCGGCGCGCCUGGUUCGGCGGCAAGUUGGUGGGGGCAGACGACGCCUUUAAGGGCGCCCAGGACGAGGUGCCCUCUGUCACUGAGGACUGCGAGCUGGUGCGCGAGAGCUCGGCGCUCUGCGCCUUGCACCCGGACGAGGCCACGGAGCUGGUGGUGGACACCGCGCUGAGGCUGCGGAAGCCCUUCGUUGUCGUGCCCUGCUGCGUUUUCGCUCGGCUCUUCCCUCAUCGCCGUCUGGAUGGCGGGCAGGUGUCUUCGGUGCCCGACUUCCUCAGCUUUCUGCAGGCAAAGCAUCCCUGCAUUCGGAAGGUGCAGCUGCCAUUCGACGGCGCCAACUGGGCGCUCUUCAGCGCCGCAGAAUGCGGCGAGAGGCGCGACGAUGGGGCAGAGGUGGACCGAGCCCACAGCGCCAUCCUGCAACUGCAAAGCCCCGUGCUGAGAACCAUGCUAAGAUCGGAGAUGGAAGAGUCCAAGUCGAAUCGUGUGAAGCUGCAGCCGGACUUUGUGGAGGCCUUGCCGCAGGUCUUGCGCUUCUGGUACGGCCUGCCCAUCUCCGUGGAGAGCUUCGAGUCGGCCGUGAAGCUCCGGAAGCUGGCGGAGUACUACGACACUGAGCAGCUCAAGUCCCUAACCAUUGAGCUGCUGCUGAACGCCAGGCCGUCGGCGUCUCGCAUGGCUUUGGUGCUUGAGAGUCUCAGCUUCGAGGAGCAUCUCACCGGCAGGGCCUGGGCCUAUCUGGAGGCGCAUCCUCGGGAGCUCUUUGCCUCUUCGGCCUGGUUGAGGCUCUCAGCCACGACGGUCGCUGACUUCUUAAGGCGCGACGCGGUGCUGUGUCGGGAGCCGGCGCUGCUGCGGGCGCUGGCGCGCUGGGCGCGGGCGCGGGAGGAAGGCACAACACCCCGGAGGGUAGCAGUGCCUGAGGAUCUGCUGCGCCUGGUGCGCUUCGAGAACAUGUCCCCCGCGGAGCUGAAGAGCGCCGCGAAGCCGUGUCUCACCCCGGAGCAGUACGUGGAACUGCUGGAGGAGGUCAGCGGCGCCACCGAGCGCCGCGAGAAGCGCCGGGCCGUGCGCGACCGGCCCUGGCGGCCCUUCCGCUGCAGCUGUUGCGGCCUCGACGUCUUCGUGCUGGCCGAGUCAGGCUUGCCAGGCGACGGCAAAGGAGUGGUCACGGCAGAUGGGGGCGCCGUGCCCGAGUGUCGUCGCUAUCACCCGGGCUUCAAGUGGAACGUCUUGACAUGCCCGGACCACAAUGGGAAGUGUCCCACCUGCCGCCGGUGCAGCGCUCUGCGAUGGUCUUGCUGCCAGAUGGCCGAGAGCUCCAUCGGCUGCCGCGGCCGGCAACACGAGUGGCACGAGGCCGGCAGCAAGAGUGGGUGGUGGGAGGAGCCGCCGCAGAAGCGCGCCAGAGGCAAGUGA